ACUGUUUCUUCCACUUUUGACGAGGCAAGUAGGCAAGCAAGGCGAACGAACAACUGUCGUUGAAAAAGGCAGCAAAAAAGUGGAAAGUUAAAUUUUUCCUUUAGGAAAAUUAACGCAAUUACGGCCUAUAGAAAAUAAGACUAUAUAAAGAAUUGUGUUAUUAAAAAGUUAUAAACUUUUGUCUAAAGAAUUCUGUUGGAUUUAGCCGCUGAAAAACAAUAGAAAGUGUGAGAAAGUGAUUACAGUAUAAAAGCCAUCUUGCGGCCGAGUCGUUUUUUUUUGCGAAAGCCAGUGAAAGAUAGUGACUGAGCAAAUAUAUAGACAAAUAUAAAGGCCAACUUUAUUUUUCGUUUGCUGGUUUUAUUUUACUUAAUUUAAAUUGAGAAAAAUUCUAAAAAGAAAUAUUGCAAGUGUUGAAAUUUAUAAAGUUGGACGGGAAAAACUUUGAAAAAAGUGUAAACGUGUAUCUGAAGUAAAAACACACCGCAAAAAAAGACUGCUUUGUUGUUGUACACACAAAUUUGUCUUAUUUUUUUUUCUUAAUUUUCGUUAGUUCCCAUUGUUCAAAAUUAUAGUUGAAUUUUUUUAUUGCGCAAAUUGAAAAUAGCCACUAAAAAACAAAAUGAGUGGCGGUAUGCCGGAGCUGGGUUCGAAAAUCAGCCUUAUAUCUAAGGCUGAUAUUCGUUAUGAGGGACGUCUUUAUACAGUGGAUCCUCAAGAAUGUACAAUUGCUUUAUCGAGUGUACGUUCCUUUGGUACCGAAGAUCGUGAAACACAAUUUCAAAUUGCACCUCAAAGCCAAAUCUAUGAUUAUAUUCUGUUCCGUGGUUCCGAUAUUAAGGAUAUACGCGUCAUCAACAAUAGUCUACCACAUCCCAAUGAUCCGGCUAUUAUGCAAGUACAAUUGCCCAAUGGACAACACGUGAUGCCACAUUUUUCAAUGCCAAGCAUGAAUCCUCAACAAGUACCGCCAAUGGGAACAACCGGUACAUAUGGUAAUCCCUUUGGUACUAUGAGUGGUUUAGGAGCUAUCGGAGGUACCGGUGGAACUGGUGCUGUACCAUCUUUAGCACCUGGAGCUGGUGCUCCAGGACCAUUUAUGAUGGGUGGUAAUCAACAACCUGUGCCACCACAACAAAAACCCCCACAGGGGCAACAGCCACAAACACAACAAAAACAACCAAUUUCCGUCAUAGACAUGCUGGCUGGUGCUUCACGUUCAACGACGCCCAUAAGUCUUAUUUCACGAAAAAGUCCUUCUGCGGAUAUUGGCGUACAAGUGAAUCAGAAUCAACAGCAGCAACAGCAGACACAUCAACAACAGCAACAGCUUCAACAGCAACAUCAUCACAAUAAUCAAAAUCAAAAUCAACACCAACAACAGCAGCAUCAACAUCCGAAUCAUCAGAAUAAUGCUGGCCAUGGCGGUGGUGGUCAAUCGCGUGAUGCUGGUCAUAAGCGACAAAAUCAUCAAAAUCAACGUGGCGGCAAUCAACAGCGCAAUAAUGAUAACUAUCGUUCGGGUGGUCGUAUGAUGGAGAACAACUAUAACAAUAUGAAUCAUUACAAUCGUAAUAACCAGGGAGGCAAUCAAAAUCGCAACAAUUGGAAUACACACCGUGGUAACCUGCCCAACAACAACAAUAACAUGCGCAGCCGCGGCGGUGGACGUAUCAACGUGCGUAACUUAAUGGGCUUUAGAUCGGCAAAUGGUCCCGGUGGCAUGCAGAAGCCUUCACGUAAUCCCAUCAAAUUUGAACAAGAUUUUGAUUUCGAACAAGCGAAUACUAAAUUCGAAGAACUGCGCUCUCAAUUAUCAAAACUUAAGGUGGGCGAUGAACCCAAAUCUGAACAGUGUUCUUCGCCUACUCCCACUACUUCACAGAUGAAUGGUGAAACUGAUAAGAAAGAUGAUUCUGGUAAUGAAACUGGAGCUGGUGAGCAUGAACCUGAAGAAGAAGAGAUUACUGUAGGCUAUGAUAAAACCAAAUCAUUCUUUGAUAAUAUCUCCUGUGAAACUGCACAAGAUCGUGCAAAGAACAAGAAUUAUGAUUGGCGUCAGGAACGCAAAUUGAAUAGUGAAACAUUUGGCGUUUCAUCUACAAGGCGUGGAGGUUACCGUGGUCGUGGCAACUAUUAUAAUAAUCGUAAUAUGGGCAAUUAUAAUAACGGCGGUGGUUAUAAUAAUCGCGGCUAUCGCGGCAAUAACUAUCGUAAUCGCAGCAACAAUCGCAGUAAAAUGCAUAAUAAUCGUGAUGGCAGCACUUCAAAUGGUGGCGGUGUUGGCAAUACCAAUAAUAUUACAAACAAUCCUACAGCCAAUAAUAAUGCUGCUACAAAUUUGAAAAAUCAAACGCAACAACCUUUAACUCCAGGUUCAGCUACAAAUCAUACUGCUAAUAAUACAACACCAGCGACCACAUCAAAAACGGUGUCAUCAGGUUUACAAGAGACUAAUAAUCAACCACAAAUGGCGGCAGUUGGUGCAGGUCAAUAAUCUUUUGUGUUGGUAUCUACUACAUGAGAUAAGUUCAAAAAAAUUCAUUAAACAAAAAGAAAAAAAAAAACAUCAAAAGGAAUUUUUAUAACAAACCUUAAAAAAGUACAUUUUGUGCAUCAAAAGUAUUUUUUUUUAAACUGCUGACGUCCUUCGCUCCCAUCUACGAAAAAUUUAAAAUUAAACAAACAAACAAAAAAUGCAAAUUAUAUAUAGAUGAAAUCACCAACAAGCUCUUAAUAAGAAGAGAACAAAAAAUCUUAAAAGGAUAUAAAUAAUUAAAUUUUAGCAUAAAUAUAUUACUAAAAAGAAAAUACUUUAUACACAGCAAAACAACUGUUCAAUACAACUGGAUAGAAAUAAUUCUAAAGAUAAAAUUAUGGGUUAAAAAAAGGCGGCACAUGAAGAAUCAUUUAUAUAUUAAAGAAGAAAAAAAAAAACACAAACAAACAAAUCAAGAAAGAAGAUAAAUUAUAAAAUUAAAAGAAAAAUAAACAUUUUAAAGAUGUUAGCAUAAAAUAGUUAUAGAGAGAAAACAAAAAACAAAAUGAAAAGAUAAUAAGUAAUAAUUUAUAUUUGGAAAUAAAAAUGAAAUGAAAAUUUAAAGAAAUAAGAAAGAAAUAUAUCCCCCCAUUACACACAAUACUGAAGAAACUAAUUUAGAAAAGGAAAUUGUUUGAAAAAGAACUACUAAACAAAAAAAAGAAAUGUAAUAAAAAAGGCGCUUUACAAAAAUUUAAAAAAAAGUAUACAAUUUUUUUAAGUAAUAACGAAGAGAGCUAGAGAAGCAAACCCGAAGAAAUGAGAAAGAGAGAGAGAGAGGGGAGUAAAAAAAGUUUUGUUUUUAACAAAACUAUAAUUUUUUUUGUUGUUGUGGAAGUGGUCGAGUUGCAUUUAUUGGAAUAAACUUUAAUGCUGAAGAUGAUGGUAUGAAUAUUUAUAAAAUUUAAAUUAAAUUGAACAAAAAAAAAUUGUAAAAUUGAAACAAAAAUUUUUUUAUAAAUAUAAAUACAACACAAAACAAUAUAUUAAUUUAUAAAUAAAAAAACUAACAUUUGAAAACAGCAGCAUGUUUAAUUGGUUUUCACACAUUAAACGAAUGAGAGAAAAAGGAAAAUCUACAAAGAAGAGAGUGAGCUUUUUUUGGGAGUAGUACCUACUGCAAACAUAUUAAUUAAUAA